AUGGAGUCUCCCCCAUUCCCAAAGGUUAAGCUACCGACGAUAGAGCCUUUCGACGGCACCACGGAUCCAGAUGAUCAUUUAUCAGCAUACAAGCAUCAAAUAUAUGUUCAAGCGGUUGAUGACGCUACUUGGUGCAAGAACUUUCCAGCCACACUAAAAGGAGUAGCUCAAAAGUGGUUCAAUAAUCUUCCCCCUAACUCAGUGAAUAAUUUCACCGAGCUUAGUAUCUUAUUUACUAGCCACUUUGUAGCAAACCCGCAGAAACAGAAGACCAGCAUGCAUUUGGGCAAGAUCAUCCAAUGGCCUAAAGAUGCCUUGAGAAGCUUUGUGAAGAGAUCUAACUUAGAAGCAUUGCAGAUCCAGGAUUUGAAUGCAGGGGUGGCCUUUGACGCCUUCAUCAGGGGCCUAAGACCAGGAAGCUUUAAGUUUUAG